AUGACGAGUAUCGAAGGAUUCUAGUUGAAGCUGAAAAUUUUAUAACGAUACUAAUAAUCAAAAUGUAGUAUAUAUAACAAUGUGCUUGUCCUAUGAAGACAACCAGCUCUCGAAACCAACAACUACUUCCGACUACUACGGACAAGGAAUUUUAUCAAGUCUUCUAUUCAACAGUUACUGACAAGAGUUUUCGCUAUGAAAUCCAUAGGUGUACCGUUGUUCUUCCUCACUUACUCAAGUUUGGUCUUUGGGCUUCCACAUGUGGGAAAGAAUGUUCGAAUGCCUCAACCAGUCAAACGGAGCAAUGACUCAGAUCCAGGUUCUAUGCUCCAGCUGAGUUCUGAUGGGGACUUCCAUUUUGAGAUUCUCCGGGCUUUAGCUCUUGCGCCUUACCAGGGCUCAGAUGUGGGCGAAGUCUUGGUUGCCGCAGACCACAUUAUAGCGGGAGAUUUCGAAAGCUACUAUAAUGCCUUCUACAGUCUUGCCGAUCGGGUUCACAACCAAGCGAGCGCAAUCGACCCCAGUCGGUACCCCGUUUCGGCGAGGAACGCAUAUUUCCGAGAAGCGACCUACUACCGCUCAGCCGACUUCUUCCUCCAUGGCAACUGGAACGACUCCCGGAUCAAUAUGCUCUGGGACAAACAGCUCGCGGCUUAUGACAAGGCAAUUUCACUGCUCCCAGUCCCCGGCGAGCGCAUCACGCUGCAAGGCAAGGGCUUCCAGAUCCCGGCUAUCUUCUUCGGCAGCGGCCAGCCGGGCCACCGCCCGACGAUUCUCAUGUGCACCGGCUACGACGGCUCGCAGGAGGAAUUGUACCAUAUAAUCGGCGAGGCGGCCCUCCAGCGCGGCAUCAACGUGAUCACGUUCGAGGGGCCCGGACAACCUACUGUGCGCCGCCAGCAGAAUAUCGGCUUCAUCCCAGAGUGGGAAGAGGUCGUGUCGCCCGUGGUUGACUACGCGAUUUCGCGCAGCGACGUCGACGGCAAGAAACUCGGUCUGUUGGGCCUUUCUUUCGGCGGCUACCUAGCCCCCCGCGCCGCAGCCUUCGAGCACCGACUCGCCGCCGUCAUCGCCUUCGACGGCCUGUACUCCUUUGGGCAGGUUAUCUUCGACGAGUUCGGGCCCGAGAUGGAAGCGCUGUACCGCGCCGGCAACUCAAGCGCCUUCGACGCUAACAUCUUCGCAUUGCUGGCGCAGCCGACUGGCGUGCCGACGUCCGUGCGCUGGGGCAUCGAGCAGGGCCUCUGGUCGUUCAAGGAGACGAGCCCGUUCGCGUGGGCGACCCAGGUUGAUAAGUACAGGCUAGAUGGGGUCGUGCAGAACAUUACCACCCCUGUGUUUGUGGCCGACGCGCAGAACGAUAUGUUCUUCAAGGGGCAGGGGAAGAUACUUGCGGACAAGCUGGGAGAUCUCGCUACGUACCAUGUGUUUGAGUCGAUAGAUGGGGCGGGGGAGCAUUGCUCGUUAGGCGCGUCUGUGUUGAGCGGGCAGGUGAUUCUUGAUUGGUUCCAAGAUUUGGUGUCGUCUUCUUGAUAGGGUCAUGGUUUAUUAUUUGUGUGAUAGCUUUACAUAGACUGGCUUGCUAGACUCUGUUUAGCGGAAUAGGGGGUCAACAUGGAGGACAUUUCUCUUCGAUUCAUAGAUUUCUCCAAUGUACGCGUUCAACCAAGAA